UGCUCUUUUCGAGUUUACUCCUCUCUCGCCUCUGCUCUUUUUGCUUACAUUAUGCCAGAAGACGAGUACCGUUGUUUUAUUGGUAACCUUUCAUGGUCAACAUCUGAUAGAGGCCUGAAAGAUGCAUUUGAAAAGUUUGGAAAUCUUCUUGACGCUAAGGUAGCUGUUGACAGGUUUUCUGGUCGUUCUCGUGGAUUUGGAUUUGUCACUUUUGAUGAGAAAGCAGCAAUGGAAGAAGCUAUUGAAGCAAUGAAUGGAAUGGAUUUGGAUGGGCGAAAUAUAACCGUUGAUAGAGCUAAGCCUCAACAAGGGUCAGGGAGAGAUUAUGAUGGUGACCGUAGCCGUGAUCAUGGACAUGAUCGUGACCGUGAUCGUAAACGGGGCUAUGAUGGCAGUCGUGGAUCCAAUGGUGGGGAGUGUUUUAAGUGUGGGAAACCUGGACAUUUUGCUAGGGAGUGCCCUAGUGAUGGGGCUAGGGGGGAUAAGUAUGGUGGUAAGGGGGAUCGUUAUGGUGGUGGACGUCAUGGUCCUGAUCGAAAUGGUGAUCGGUUUGGUGGGCGUAGCAGGGAUGCAGGUAGUCGAGGGGGGUCUGGUAGUGAUAGAUAUAAUCGUGAUCGUUCUGGACCAUAUGAGCGUCGUGGAACUGGAGGUCCUCGUUCUGGAUGAGAUGACUUUUUGUUCUGAUGAACAAGGGUUGCUGCUUUUAUGGUGAAGCUUGAAGUCUUCUUCAUCUUUUUUCUUGUUUACAGGAUGUUUUCUAUUCGUUCUUUUGUAGGGUGGAACUAUAUUAUCAUUCAGUCCUUUAACCUUUGAAGUGUGAAACUUGGAACAAAUCUACAACUAUUUUUGUUUUCCUAAAAUGCUGUUUUCGAUAUUUGAUUCGAAGGAGACUCCUGCAGUCCUGCUUUCUUGACACACUCUUUCAAAUAUGGU